AUGAAAGAUUGUAACGGUAUUACUGCUAGAAGUGUUAAUGAGGUAGAAAAUGAUGAUGAUUCGAUCGUUGUGCAAGCUAUUUUAAAUAUGUCGCAGGCCCAAAAUGACAUUCUCCAUCGUCUGGAUGCUGUCGAGGCAGUACAAAAAAUGAUGUUGGAUGAGUUUCGACAUGUUGUGGCACAAACAAAUGAACGGUUUAUCGAACUUCUUGACAAGCGUCAAAAAGAAGAAAUUGAUCGUUUGAUGAAUAUGAUCAACAUCCUAAAAAUUUCAAAAGUAGAGGAUUCACACGAAGCACAGCAACGUCAGAAUUCAAAACCAGUACCAUCCAAUCAGAAUUACAAUUAUGGCUUAUCCCAAGAAGUACUUGCCAAAACUGCUUCACCUCAUUCUUUCUAUGCGUUAUCGACGCCAGGUGAUAAUGCGCAACAACCAGUUGUACCCCAGUGUUUGGUAAAUAAUGUUGUUGAACAGCAGAUGCAGUUUGUGGCCCAUCAGCGAGCCCUGGCUUCAAUGUACGGAACACCGCCAGCAUCAUUUGUUACUGGUGCUUUCAACCAGUCUCAAAUUCCAAUUGUUUCCAAUGGAUUUUGUGGUAACGUACCAUUUGCUAUGCAUUCAGCUGCAGUUUUCCCAAGUGCAGCAUCGAUUCAGUUUCAGCAACAGCAAACAACUCUUCAAGCACCCCUAGUUUCCACUGCAUCAAUUCCUGUGACACCGGUUGCUGUUAAUGUAACAAAGUCAUCUCCAGUUUCGGUUCCGAUGUCUUUACCGAAAGCAACACCAGUACUUCCGCAGCAAAUACCAUCUCAAGCAUCUUUUGGAGUUCAUCCAAAAAGCAUUCCAUUCACUUUUAGAGCUGAGUCUAAACAAGGAAUUCCAGCGACUACGCCAUCUGCUACUGGUACAGCAACUUCUUUCUUGAGCAAGCCCACUACGACAGCAAAUCCCUCUUCAUUUACAGAAAUUUUCGGAAGUCCCAAAAAUUUCCCAACUACUACGACAGAAAAAGAGGAGAAAGAAAGUGAUUCUGCACCUAAAACUACUAGUGCAAGUGUUCCAGAAAAAUAUGAGACUGGAGUAGAUGAUGAAGAGACACCAGAAAAUUUCGAGCCAUCAGCUCAUUUUGAACCUGUUAUUGAGCUUCCAGAAUUGGUCGAAGUGACUACAGGCGAAGAAAAUGAAGUGAUCAUAUUUGCUGAACGAUGUCGAUUGUUCCGAUUUGUUGUUGAUGAGUACAAAGAACGAGGUGUAGGGGUUCUUAAAAUCCUGGAAAAUCCAGAAAAAAAGAUCAGCCGCAUAGUUAUGCGGCGAGAUCAGGUUCAUAAGGUUUGUGCUAAUCACAUCAUUCAGCCGACAAUGACUUUAAUGCCUCUACAAAAAUCAGAUCGAGCAUUUGUUUGGCUUGCUAGGGAUUUCGCGGAGGAAGAAAAAAUGGAAAAGUUUGCUGCUCGUUUCAAAACUGUUGACAUUGCAAAAAAAUUCGAGGCAGCAUUCAAUGCUGCACGAUCUGGAGCUUCGUUGUCAAGCAAUAGUUUGAGCAAAACAGUAAAAACUGAAUCUGAGCUAGACGAAACUAAAAAGAAGGAGGAUACGAAAGUGAACCAAGAAGGAGUUAGUAACUGUAAAGGAUUUGGUGAUGCGUUCAAGCCAUCACCUGGAAGCUGGACAUGUAAUGGUUGUUAUUUGUCCAACACAGCAGCCGUUACAGCUUGCGUAUGUUGUGGGGAAACCAGAGAUGGUGGGAUUGUUAAUAGUACUACCCAGACUUCGAUUUUUUCAAGUAAACCGAUGUCGACAGUUGCCCCGAUUAAAGGUACUAGCGGAAUUACAUUUGGUUUCCGUAGCGAUAAUUCAUCGACAAACGUCACCACAAUGUCUGCGUCUAAUACUGGCUUGCCUACAUUCCGCUUUAAACCGGCAGUCAUGAAUACAGCAACAAGUGUUACCUCUACCACCAAUGCGAAAACGUUUAGUUUCGUUUCUCGUUCACCAGCAACUACUAUUACUACCAAUUCUAUUUUCCGCUCGGCGACGACUACCACUGCUUCAGCAGGGAAUGGGAUUCCUAAUUUCAGCUUCAAAUUUACUCCGAGUGGCACAUCUACAUUUGGUGCCUCAUCAUCUUUGGUUGACAAGCCAAAUCCAUUAGCAACUACUACUGAAGCCCUAGCAAAAACGACUGAAAGCACAGCUGCUGUAAGCACGAAAUCGUCCUUUUUCGGUGGUUCCGCGUUCUCUGGUGGGUCCUUAUUUGGGAAACCGCCAAGUGGUGGAUUCGCUGCCUUAGCAGCAAAAGCAAAUGCUGGGGCAAGUAAGGAAUCUCCUGAACCUGCUGCAAAUAAAGUUGUCACAACAUUUGGCGCGAAUAAAUUUGAUUCACCAGUGAACUCGGUAUUCUCCUCCGGAUUCAAAAAAUCUUCAACAUCCGAAAAAACUGAAAAAGAUAACGAUGGUGGUGGUUCAGAUGAAGCAGAAGAGUUUGAGCCAAACGUUCAUUAUGAACCCGUGAUUCCUUUACCUUCACUAAUCGAAGUAAAAACUGGUGAAGAAGGUGAACAGGUGAUGUUUAAAGGUCGAUCAAAACUAUAUCGUUAUGUCGCGACAAUAAAAGAAUAUAAGGAGCGUGGUGUUGGUGAUAUCAAGAUUCUUUUCAAUCCUGAGACUAAGCGUUAUCGAAUCGUUAUGCGUCGAGAUCAGGUGUUAAAAGUAUGCGCUAACACACCGAUAACAGAAAAUUCACAGAUUAAGAAGAAACCUAACACGGAGAAUGCAUGCAUGUGGAUGUGCAAAGACUAUUCAGAGGAAAAGGAAGGAGUAAAUGAAUGUUUUGUUGCCAGAUUUAAGGAUCCCGCAUUAGCUGAUGAUUUCAUCCAAGCAUUUCGUAAUGCUGCAGAGCGCAAAUUCCCUUCUGCAAAGCAGGAAGAUGCUUUUGCUGCAGGCGAUAGUGUCGUACCCAAAGUAGUGGAUUUAAAAAAGCAAGAAGAAACAAAAGCGAUGCAAAUGUCUUUGGGAAUGCUACAGAAAGGAAAUAAAAAUGACGAGAAAGCUAACAGGACACCUGUUAGCGACAUAUGUGAUGAAGACAGUGAUGAGGAUGAUAAUGAUGAUGAUGAUUAUGAGGAGGACGAAGAUUGCUCAGAAUCACUUACGUGGAACGUUACAGUGUCCAUUACUGAAGCAUAUCAUUCUCCUCUAAAACCUAAUAAACCACUUGAAUUCACUGGGUUGCUAUCACUGAAACUGAUGAGCUAUGGACCACUGAAAAUUGAUCUUUAUAAUGAUGACGGAGAAAAGAAGUGGUCACAUUUCAUUUCAGUGCAAGACUCUUUAUCCCAAACAAAAAACAAAGUGAAAUAUAUUGCUGUAGAAAAUACACAAAGUGAACAAUUGGUUAUCGAAUUUGCUAAUGAAGUCCAGUGUUCGAAAGCGUAUCAGGAGCUCGAAGAAGUGACUUUUUUUAUUUACAUUUUUUCUGAUCUCAUUAGUUUCACUUUUUUAGGGUUUGCUUACUUAGUAUUACUUGUUUUAGGGUUUGCUUACUUUAAAAGAUGAUG